AUGGCACCUAAGGCAGCGUUCAUCGGAGCCACAGGUGCAACGCUGAGUCGUCUGCUGGCCUGGACGCUAAUGGCUGAACACAAAGCCGUAGCCCUCGUCCGAGAUGCCUCUAAGUUGCAUAAAAUCCUCAGGUCUCACAAUGUUCCUGAGGAUAUUAUAAAUACCCAUUUGAUCAUUGUGGAGGGUGAAUCGUCUCGCUCAGUCUCUGCAUGCAUCGAAGUGCUUCGACACAACCCUGAAAUUAUUUUCAGUGGCAUUACCGCCUUGCCGAAAUUUCAGCUCAAUCCUUUCAAACCUGUCUCGAUGCAGGAUCUUACAAUCACAGGAGACUCGGCAAUUGCAGCAAUCGAUGCACUACGCCAACUCAAAGCUGAGGGGUCUCUAAAGAAGAAGCCCAUCUUUGUACCUAUUUCCUCCACUGGCCACGGGGCCAAGCGCGACCAACCGUUGGCCCUAAUACCGCUUUACAUAUGGCUCUUGCGAGUCCCCCAAGCAGAUACCAGGGCAAUGGAGGUGGCAAUCCGGAAAGCCGCCACGGAGAAGGAUUCGCCGUUAGGGGGAUACGUGAUGCUGCGGCCCCCGCUCCUUAUAAAUGGUUCUAAGAAGGGUACCGAGAGCCUCCGAGUUGGCUGGACUAUUGAAGAUCCUGAGCUUGUUGCGAUUGAGGGACAGGAACCAGGGGUAACAGUGGGAUACACGAUCAGCAGAGAAGACUUGGCGAACUGGAUGUUUGAAAAGCUUGUGCAAGGAGAUUUCAAUGCUUGGAACGGGAAGUGUGUGACGGUUACCUAUUAG